CGACGUCAAUGCUUUAAAGCCUGUACACGGCUGCUCCUAUGUAGAACUGUGGAAAGUAGUAAUCAUGUCGAACAAAGCAGAUAUAGAGCUGCGCGAAUUCGCCUCACCCGAGCCCGAAAUCCUGAAAGCCGGCCCCAACAUCGACCUCGAAGAAAAGGGCGAGGCCGGCGAAGGCUACCUUCUCCAAAUCGACACCAGCACCGGCUACGGCAACCUCAAACUCGCUUCAGACGGUCACACGGUUCUCAUCCCACAACCCAGCGACGAUCCUAACGAUCCGCUCAACUGGUCAUGGACUAAAAAGCAUUUGAUUUUGAUGGUCAUCUCAGCCGCCGCGAUCCUCCCCGACUUCGGCUCGGCAACAGGUGCGCCCCUCCUCACCGUCCAAGGCGAGUACUGGGGUAUGUCCCCUGACACCGUCAACCACUCUCAAGACGGAAACGUCAUGAUGCUCGGCGUGGGCGGACUCUUCGCCGUUGCGUUCUCCGCCUAUUUCGGGAGGCUGCCGGUGUUGUUUUAUUUUAUCUUGUUGGCGACUGCAACGGCGUAUUGGUGUGCCGGGGCUGUGACCUUUGACAGUUUUAUGGCUGCGAGGAUUUUGAAUGGGUUUUUCUCGACGGUUGCGCAAGCGGGUGGUUUGAUGUUUAUCAAGGAUAUCUUUUUCUUUCAUGAGCAUGCGAGGAAGAUUGGGGUCUGGGCCGCGUCGGUCAUCUUGUCGCCCUACCUCGGUCCAUUCUUCGCCAGUUUCAUCAUUACAACUCAGACAUGGAGAGUUCCGUUCUACGUGUACUCGGGAAUGACAACCCUCGUGCUCAUCCUCAUAUGUCUUUUCGCAGACGAGACGUUCUACAACCGUCAUAUCUCCGCCUCAGAACAACCUCCUCGUGGCAACCGCACUGCGCGUCUCCUCGGCAUCGCUCAAUGGCGCUCCCGCUCCCACCGUGUGAGUUUUCUUGGGGCAAUGAUGCGUCCAGUCCGAGUGAUUAUCAAACCUGUCGUCCUCAUAUCCUUCAUCUACUACCUUCUCACCUUCGCCUGGGUCGUCGGUAUCAACACUACCCUCGCCGUCUUCCUUACCCCGCCCAAACCUGCCGGCUACGGUUUCGGCCCUGUACAGAUCGGGUUGUUCUAUAUCACUCCCCUGAUUGCUGCUUCCAUUGGUGAGAUUUUUGGGCAUAACUUCAAUGAUUGGGUUGCGAAUCGAUACAUCAAGCGCAACAAAGGCAUCUUCGAGCCCGAAGCACGUCUUGUGACGAACUGGGUAGCGACCCCAUUCAUGGUGGUUGGCCUGGUUCUCCUCGGGUUCGGGUUGGAGAAACAGUGGCAUUGGGUUGGGUUGGCGUUUGGGUGGGGGUUGUACGUGUUUGGCAUUAUGUUGGCUACGGUUGCGAUUACGGCGUAUGUGCUUGAUUGCUACCCAGAUGGGUCUGGGGAGGUUGCAGCUUGGGUCAAUAUGGGACGCACGACGGGUGGCUUCGUCAUCUCGUACUUUCAAAUCAAGUGGGCUGCUGAACAAGGUACUGACCGUUCCUUCGGUACGCAGGCAGGCAUUCUCUUUGCGGCCUUCUUGCUGAUUCCCUUGUUGCAGUGGAAGGGAAAAUAUUUGCGGAUCAAAGGGGGGCUGCUGCAUUUCCCACAGUGA